CGCGCCGGAGCAGCCCCAGCCCCAGCCCCGCCGCCCUCCAGCAGCCGCGGGCCGCGCCCCCCUUUCUGCCCCCGUCUCUGCGCCGCCGGCAGGAUGCCCCGCUAUGAGCUGGCUUUGAUCCUGAAAGCCAUGCAGAGGAGCCAACACAGUUAUGAGAGAGUGAGCAGAUUCUAUUCUGGUUUGUGCAUCAACAGAGCUGAUGAACGAGCUAGGGGAAAAAACACAACUUGAUUCUCUUAGGACUACGCUGAUAUUUGCAGACCUGAUGGGGUUGGUACAGUAGGCCUCACUAGACUUAGCUGCAGCUAAGAAUUUCUCCUACAUCAACAGAGUUAAUGCUGAUGCUCUUGUGGAAAGUCGAUUAAAAGUGGGUGCUAAGUUCUCAAAUUUCCAUUUAAGAAGCGGAGAAAAUAAAUCUGUCUUCUCAAAGUGUACUACAACCACCACCAUCAAGACAGCAAACCAAGGGACAAAGAAUUUGAUCUGCAGUAUUGAUAAAUGUAAACUGGUUCACAUAUUACUCUAAAGACUUCUUGGGGGGGUGAAAAUUGGACAUCGGCAGUCUCAAGUCAUUUUGUUUAUAAAAAUGAGGGCUUCUUUGGAAACAGCAGACAUUGCCAUUGUGACACUGUACUUUGUACUUGUACUGUGCAUAGGCUUUUUUGCCAUGUGGAAAUACAAUCGAAGCACCGUAAGUGGCUACUUCUUGGCAGGCCGUUCUAUGACAUGGGUAGCUAUUGGUGCAUCCUUAUUUGUGAGCAAUAUUGGGAGCGAACAUUUCAUUGGGCUCGCAGGAUCUGGAGCAGCAAGUGGAUUUGCAGUAGGUGCGUGGGAGUUCAACGCCUUAAUGCUUUUACAGCUUUUAGGAUGGGUCUUCAUCCCAGUCUACAUACGGUCAGCAGUAUAUACUAUGCCUGAAUACUUGUCCAAACGUUUUGGAGGACAUAGAAUUCAAAUAUAUUUUGCGGCGUUGUCUUUGAUUCUUUAUAUCUUCACCAAACUUUCUGUUGACUUGUAUUCAGGUGCACUCUUUAUUCAAGAAUCUCUAGGUUGGAACCUUUAUUUGUCAGUUAUCUUGCUUAUUGGAAUGACUGCUUUGUUGACUGUGACUGGAGGUCUUGUGGCUGUCAUCUACACGGACACUCUUCAAGCUCUGCUUAUGAUUAUUGGUGCCCUCACACUCAUGAUCAUAAGUAUGAUGGAGGUUGGUGGGUUUGAAGAAGUUAAAAGAAGGUAUAUGUUGGCAACACCAAAUAUUACGUCAAUCUUGCUGACCUACAAUCUUUCCAAUACCAACUCUUGUCAUGUCCAGCCAAAGCCUGAUGCUCUUAAAAUGUUGCGUGAGCCAACUGACGAAGAUGUUCCCUGGCCUGGAUUUCUGUUUGGGCAGACCCCAGCUUCUGUAUGGUACUGGUGUGCAGACCAAGUCAUAGUUCAGAGGGUUUUAGCUGCAAAAAAUAUUGCUCAUGCCAAAGGAUCCACGCUAAUGGCAGGUUUUUUAAAGCUGUUGCCUAUGUUUAUUAUAGUUAUCCCAGGGAUGAUUUCACGUAUCCUGUUUGCAGAUGACAUUGCCUGUAUCAAUCCCGAACACUGCAUGCAAGUCUGCGGAAGCAGAGCUGGAUGCUCUAACAUUGCCUAUCCACGUCUGGUGAUGAAACUUGUACCAGUUGGUCUGCGGGGACUCAUGAUGGCUGUAAUGAUUGCUGCACUGAUGAGUGACUUGGACUCUAUAUUUAACAGUGCCAGCACUAUAUUUACACUUGAUGUCUACAAACUCAUACGCAAGAGUGCCCCAUCUAGAGAACUAAUGAUUGUAGGAAGAGUGUUUGUUGCUUUCAUGGUAAUUAUAAGCAUUGCUUGGGUUCCAAUAAUCGUGGAAAUGCAAGGAGGCCAGAUGUAUCUCUAUAUACAAGAGGUAGCAGAUUAUUUGACUCCACCAGUGGCUGCUGUGUUUCUGUUGGGUAUAUUUUGGAAGCGUUGCAACGAACAAGGGGCAUUCUAUGGUGCAAUGGUUGGGUUUGUUCUUGGAUCUACAAGGCUGAUAUUGGCAUUUAUUUAUCGUGUCCCUGAGUGUAACCAGCCUGAUACUAGGCCAGGCUUCAUAAAAAAUAUCCACUAUAUGUAUAUUGCUACUGCUCUGUUUUGGAUCACUGGAAUUGUGACUAUUACAGUAAGCCUCUUUACACCACCACCAACAAAGGAACAGAUUCGAACAACCACUUUCUGGUCUCUAAAAAUCAGGUCUGUAAAAGAAAAUGCUUCAAAAGGGGAUCCAUAUAAGGUACAAGAAAAAACCAUCUUGAAAUGUAAUGAAAAUGCCAAUCAUAUCCUGCCAAAUGGCAAAUCUGAAGAAAAUAUUAAAAAUAUUAAGCCUGAGGAUAUAAAUCUUCUAGUUACUUGCAGAGAAGACUGCAACCCAGUGAUUUCUGUAAGUCACUCUGAAGUUGAGACACCAGUUGAUUGUUAUUCCAAUGGACAGGUGGCUCUCAUGGGUGAGAAAAAGCGUGAGGAAGAGACUGAUGAUAGAGAUAAACAUUGGAAAUUCAUAGAUUGGUUCUGUGGCUUUAGAAGUAGAAACAUGAAUGAAAGAGCCAUCCAAGAUACAGAGGAAGAGACUCUCUGUUUACAAAUGUUGGAAGAGACUCCAAAAGUUAAACUAUUACUAAAUAUUGGACUGUUCUGUGUCUGUUCACUUGGAAUAUUCAUGUUUGUCUAUUUCUCUUUGUGAAUGGUGAAGCUUUAAGGGUAUGGCUAAACAUACAGAAGCUGAUACAACUCUCUCUGGAGAAUUUU